AUGGAGGAGCGGGAGCGGGAGAUUUCCUACGCGGAGCCGUCGGCGUCGGACAGCGGGGCGGCGUCGGUGGUGGUGGUGGUGAAGCCGAACCCGACCCGAGCGCGCCCCCCGUUGGGCGUGCUCCUCGCCACGCUGCUGUACUGCGCCGAGCUGGUCAACGCCGCCGCGCUGUGCGCCAGAUACAGCCGCACGGACGACCGCCACUGGCUGGGCUUCACCGCGGCCUUCGCGCUGCUCCCGGCCGUCCUCAUCCAGCUCGCGCUCAUCUUCAUCCACAGGGACGCGGGCCGGGACCGGCCGCUUGUCCUCCUGCUGCACCUGCUGCUCCUGGGACCCGUCGUCAGGUGUUUCGACGCCCUGGCGGUGUACUUCCAGAUGGGCCGGAAGGAGGAGCCCUACGUGACCAUCACCAGGAAGAUUUACCUGAAGCGCGGCGAGGGCACGCGCACCGAGUGCCAGGUCAGCCGCUCGGCGCGCAUCCUGGCCACGCACAGGAACGCCUUCAAGCGCACCGCCGUCAUCCAGGCCUUCCUGGGCUCCACGCCGCAGCUCACGCUCCAGCUGUACGCAACCAUCCAGGAGAAGUACAUCCUCCCCAUCCGACUGACGCUGAUGAUCGUCGCGCAGAUCUCCGUCAUCUACGGCGCCCUGGUGUGCAGCGUGCUGGCCGUCCAGAUCCGCUACGACGACUACAAGGUGCGGUUCCGGCCCGCCGCCUACCUGUGCAUGAUCCUGUGGCGGGGCCUGGAGAUCAGCACCCGCGUCACCGCCCUGGUGCUCAUGAGCACGGCGCUCACCCACUGGGUGAUCCCGGUGGGCGCGGCCAACCUGCUCUUCUUCUUCUUCCUGCCGUGGGGCGAGUUCUGGGCCAAGAAGGGCUCGCUGGCCCAGGACGUGGAGAAGAACUUCUCCAAGCUGGGCACGGUGACGGUGCUGUGCCUGUUCACGCUGCUCUACGCGUGCAUCAACGUGUUCUGCUGGUCGGCCGUGCAGCUGGACCUGGGCCACGCCGAGCUCAUCGACCGCAAGCAGCGCUGGGGCCGGCUGGCCGCGUACUACGGCGCCCGCUUCGCCGAGAACCUGCUCCUCAUCGCGCUGUGGUACUUCUUCAAGUCGGACUUCUACGAGUACGUCUGCGCGCCGCUGCUGGCCCUGCAGCUGCUGGUCGGCUACGGCCUGGCCGUGCUCUUCAUGCUGAUCUUCUACCAGUUCUUCCACCCGUGCCGCAGCCUCUUCCGCCACAACAUCCACGACUGCCUGCGGUGCGUCUGCUGGCGCCGGCGGGCGGGCCCGGAGGCGGGGCGGCCCGGGAGGGCGGCGGCGCCGUCCUACUCCGCCGCCGCCACCGUGGCGCUGAUUCCCGACGAGCCUCGGGAGCCGGCGGAUCGGCCGGUGACGGACAUCUUGGACGACAUCGCUCGGUAUCCCUGAGGGGGCUCAACCGUAGGGGGCGCCGUCGCCGCCCGAAACCCCCGCAACUAAAUGACCCGCUUUCACGUCAUUGGUCCGAACGUGACCAUCACGCCUUUGUUCACCCGUCUGGAGCGAUUAAAUGUAGUAUCCGA